GCUUGAGAUUUUUAUAAACUCACAAUUUUACCUGAAUAUUAAAAAGGAAACAAAAUGAAUGAGGGGAGUGAAUACUCCAUUCACUCAAUAUGCCGAAUCUGCUUAAAUCACCUUCGAAAUGAUCCGGCGUACGACCUGUUUCUCGUUCCGGGUCUGGCCAAAAAACUGUGUGUGUGUACUUCACUCUCAGUGGAACAGCACGAUGGCUUCCCGAAAAACCUUUGCACCAAUUGCUACACCAAGCUGAACGACCUGCACGGAUUCCAGAAACUAUGCGUGGACUCUGUACAAAAGUUUCAGGAAAUGGUCGCUAGCAAUUAUUUCGUACCCGUUGCUGGUGAUAUUGAUAAAGUCGAUAUGCUGACUGGGGCGCCGGUCGAUGGGGAAGCGGAUGACGAUAACAUCAACUUUGAUCCGCUUCUGAAUACCAAGAUAGAAAUUGUGGAGACUGAGGAGGAUGUUUUUAAAAUGCUAGAUGAUGUCGACAAGGAAGCAGAGGAGGUUGAGAAGGAAGUAGAGAGGGAGGUAGAGAGGGCAAAGGAUGUAUCCAGUGAUAGUGACAACGACAAUGAUAAUGAUAAUGAUGACAAUAGGGACGUUGACUUUCAAGUGAAUAGUAGCGAUUCUGACGACGCCGUACCCUUGUCCCGCUUACGUAGUUCAACCAGAGCAAAAACGACAAAGGCCAAAACGAAUCAUGCGGAUGAUGAUGAAGAUGAUUCCUCUAGCUUUGAAUGGGCUGAGGAUAAAGAGGAUGAUUUGGAUAAACCCAAGCCGAAGCCAAGACGAAAACGCGUUCAAGUUGCUUCGGCGCCCCUCGAUGGACUGGUUGACUGUCACAUUUGUCAGGAAAAAUUCAAGAGCACCAAACUCUACGAGGAACACAUGAAACAUCACAACGAUCAAUUGCCAUUCCAGUGCUCUGUUGAAGACUGCAGGAAGGGUUUCACUACGGCUGGUGGUCUACGCCUUCAUAUGGACCACGCUCAUUCAGAAUUCUCUGAAGUGCACGCCUGCACUGCUGAGGGAUGUGAUAAGACUUUUCCUCGAUCUGUCUUACUCACGUUCCAUAUGAAAAAGGUGCACAACAUUAUCAAGACACCGUCGCGGAAUCAUCCGUGCACGGAAUGCGACAAAGUCUUCCGUUGUUCAACAGCACUCAAGAAGCACAUGUAUAAACACACUGGCGAAGAGAAGCCAAUCUCCUGUAACAUCUGUAACAAACGUUUUCACAUAAACAGCGAUCUCAGAGAUCAUCUUUUGCGCCAUGCCGGCGUGAAGAACUAUGUGUGUCCGUAUUGCGGCGUGGGCAAAACUACUCGUCAGGAAUGGAACAAACACAUACUGACCCACACCAAGGAAAAACAGUUCCAGUGUCUCCAGUGCGAUCAUGCCUCGCAUAACAAACAGGCUCUGGCCAAUCAUGUCAAGGUGGUUCAUAUGAAGAUUAAGGACUUCGCCUGUCAGUAUUGCGGUAAAACGUUUGGCAAGUCGUAUUCGUGCAAAGUUCACGAGAGACUCCACACGGGCGAAAACUGCAGCAAGUGCAAGAUCUGUGGCAAGGUGUUCCUUUUCGAGAAGGGAUUGACCAAACAUUUAAAGACCCAUGAGAAGCGCGAUAAAACACGCUCUGCUUCUGCGACUGCAGUCAAACCGAAGGGCGAUGGAGUCGCGCAAGGCACAGAAAACGCUAUCCAAGAAUUGACUCAGCCAGUGGAUGGGAAACUCAUUCCAGAAGUUUCCACCAAGCCGAAAACAUCAAAUAGAGUUGAGCGUGUAGAUAUAUCGCAGCUAGCAGGCACCUCCGUCAAUCCAAUAUCAUCAGUAUCGGUUCCCUCUUGGUCGCCGCAAGUCAACUUCACAAAGAAGGAAGGCCAGCAUAUUUGUCCAGGAUGUGGACGUGGUUUUAAUCACAUUGGCAAUAUGAAGCUCCACUACAAGAUAAUACACGAGAAGGUGAAGGACUUUGCCUGUCGAUUUUGUCCGAAACGUUUUUCGAAGGCGCAAAUUUUGAAACAUCAUGAAUGGGUUCACACUGGCGAGAAACCGUAUGAGUGCAAGGUUUGCGGCAAACACUUCCGGCAGGAGUCAGUUAUGAAGAACCAUUUGAGAAGAGUGCACGAGAAUGCGAAACCUGCAAAGGAGCCGAAACCACCAAAGACUGUUCUUAGGCCAACCGGACCACACGUCUUGCUCAACAAAAAACACGUCCUAAAGAAUUUUGAUGAGUACCAGGAUCCUGCUGCAGAGCAAGCCGCUGCAACAGCUGCAUUGAUUGCCCAACAGCAGGAAGAGAAUGAAGCGAAGCGAAGGGCUGAAGAAGAAACUCGCAAGAUUCAGGAGGCUGCAUGUGAACAACUUCAAAGGCUGCAGAAGGAGCAACUUAUCGAGAAGAUAUCCAUUAACAGCUUUCAAGUUAAAAUAUCCGAAUCGGGUGUCACUGUGGAUGACCUCAAAGUAGAUCCUACACAGAAAGAAUAAUACAGUUCAAAAUGAAAACCAUUUAAUAUUAAUAAUAUGUACUAUAUACAUGCAUUUA